GCGUCCCGCCCCGCAGCUGCAGCGGGCAUGAAGGAGCUGUCUGCGGUGACCGUCUUUACCCUGGCCGUGGUCUGCGUCGUGCAUUUCGGCUCCACCACGUUCGCCAUCGGCCAGGGCUACAGGCAGCAGGCCGGCGCCGCCCCGGCCGGGCGCGCCGACGCCGCGCCGCGGGGCGCGCCCGAGGUUCGGGCGGCGCAGCCCGCCGCGUCGCUGGGCACCCAGGGCCUCCUCGGCUUCGGCGUCGCCUUCGGCGUCGCGUUCGCGGCGAUGACCAGGACGGUGACCCGCGUGUCGCGCCGAGCCGAGGGCAAGGAGAUCGAG